AUGGCUGUUAGCGUUCUAUCUGUGCGCCCAUUGAAUAAUCCAGCCAUGUUUACGGACCCGCUAGCUUUUGAGAUAGAGUACGAGGCGGUGACAUCGUUGCAACAGGAUCUUGUUUGGAAGCUUGUCUACGUCGGGUCUGCUGACAGCGAUCGUUAUGACCAGGAGCUAGAAAACAUUGAGGUCGGGCCGGUCAUGGCGGGCACUUUCAAGUUCGUGCUCGAGGCCAACCCGCCGAAUCCUCAGAAAAUUCCAGCCGACGACCUGGUAGGAGUCACAGUCAUUUUGCUGACGUGCUCCUACCGGGACAAAGAGUUCAUCCGUGUGGGUUACUACGUCAACAAUGACUACCUGGACGAGGAGCUGCGGGAAAACCCCCCAGAGCAGCCGCGCUUGGAUCGGCUUCAGCGGAGCAUUCUCGAUGAGCAUCCGCGCGUCACGCGUUACGCAAUUCCCUUCGAUGAUCCGGAACCAGCUGAUGGCGCACAGCCAAUGGAUGAGGAUGGCUCACAACCGAUGCAGGGAACGGAGUCAGCGGACGCCAUGAUGACCGCUCCGCCGCUGCAAGCAACAGCUUUCCAGAGUCAACCAGGAAUGUUUGACGGGCACGCGCAGCAGGCUGGACCCCAGCAAAUGUACCAUUAUGUACCAGUGCAAUGAUGAGUAUUCUGCUGUUGCUUUGCUGGCGAUCGGCAACCUUACAUGUGGUCUUGUUAUACCAUUGCGAAGGCCGCAGUGCGGAAGAUAAGAGUUUAAUGGGGGGUUGCGACCCUGCAUAGGGCAUGCAGACGACAGGAAUUGGUUGUACACCUCAUGGUUGGGUUACAGAGCAUGGGUUUCGGUUGUAUUCUGGCACGCAGCUGACUUUUUGACAAUCCUAGGCGUCCGGUUGUGAGGGUGUAUGCCUUUGCUUGACAUGAUAAGACGCGUGGACGUGACGGAACCCACGGAAAGACCGUUGCGGGCUAAUUCAUGACUGGGCACCUUGUUGUGGAACUGUCCAGGAUAUUGGAUGCUUUCGACUGUAUUGCCCCAUGUCUGCACGCGCGAACAUGUGCGUCUUUUUUACGUUAACCAGUGUUCACUUCAGACUUUGACUCUUCUAGGGUUUGACUCUGUGGGAGUGGGCGGCCAGCAUAUAUCCAAUGAUAAAUUUGUAUAUAUGGAGAUACUUCUAUUGGUCUACUUGCAUUUUGGGCCCACGAGCUGUAUUUUAAAGCAGUUGGACCGACGAGCUUUUAUAUGCGGACAACACCGUAGCUGCAUCACAGGACAAGGGGCUGGGCUAGCCAAUUGCUAUGGAUGUGCUUUUCAUUUAUGUAAGCAUAGAAACUCACA